AUUGCAGCUGGAAGAGGCUGGAGAUAAGGGCAGAGGAACUGUUCAGCCCUGAAUCCCGGCGCAGCUGAAGCGACUGCAGGCACUUUAAAGAUGCACGCGAGCGUCGAGGAGGAACUGGAGAACGACAAGCCAAGGUCAUGGUCCGUCGUGCAGGUUCAGUGGCAAAUAUGAACAUUUGUCAACAUUUGACAACAACUCCUUUGGACAUCAUGAAUUUGCUGGAAUCUAGACCACAGAGCACUUGCAAUAGCGCUUUUUAAAUUUUAAUUUCAUUUAAGUGAAGGAAAAAUAAUCAUCUGGAUCAAUUGUAGUCAUGGCUAGCAAAAGAAAAUCCACAACUCCUUGCAUGAUACCAGUAAAAACACUGGUGCUUCAGGAGACUGAACUGGACGCUGUAGAAGGUGAUCGUGAAGGAACGCAACAAGAAGCUCCUGUGGAAGGGCCAACAGCUAGUGAUGGUGGUGCCAGUAACAAUAAUAACGGAGCUUUGUCUAAUGGGCACCGUGGUAUUGCUGAUAGUGACACUUAUAUCUGCAAGUCUUGUGACUUUGGAUCUCAAGACGUUCAUCACUUCUUUGGGCACUUGGACUCAGAGCACUUAGACUUUAGCAAAGACCCUGCGUUUGCAUGUGUUGCGUGCAACUUUCUGGCAAAUAGCCAUGAAGGGCUCUUGCACCACAAUGCAGAGUCGCACGCCGGCGAAACAAGCUUCAUCUGGAGGGUGGCUAAGCAGGACAAUCAUACAAUUGUGGAGCAAAGUCUCUGUGAGGCCGCCAGCAGCCAUGACCUGCCGGGAGAGGUCUCUGAAGAAGGGGUGGACGGCCAGUCUGAAAUUAUCAUUACCAAAACCCCCAUCAUGAAGAUAAUGAAAGGUAAACCGGAGGCCAAAAAAAUCCACACGCUGAAGGAGAAUGUGUCGAGUCAGCUGGGCAGUGAGUCAGAGGUGAAAGACGGAGAGCAUUCAUUCCCAAACGGGUCUGUGCCGGUCAGCCAGCCCACCGCAAGUUCGACAAAAUCAUCUCAUAUAGUGAAUGGCUCCAUCAUAGGAAACGUGCCUGUUCUGCAGGCGGGUGUUGCACAACUUGUGUCACUACAGCAGCAGCAACCCCCGUUGCAUCAGCAACUACCUACGUCCAAAUCCCUUCCCAAGGUGAUGAUCCCCCUGAGCAGCAUUCCGACGUACAAUGCCGCCAUGGACUCCAACAGCUUCCUCAAAAACUCUUUCCACAAGUUCCCCUACCCCACAAAAGCCGAGCUCUGCUACUUGACCGUGGUGACGAAGUACCCAGAAGAGCAGCUGAAGAUCUGGUUCACUGCCCAGAGGUUGAAGCAGGGCAUCAGCUGGUCACCGGAGGAGAUCGAAGAUGCCAGGAAGAAGAUGUUCAACACUGUUAUUCAGUCUGUGCCGCAACCCACCAUUACAGUUUUGAACACGCCGCUGGUUGCAAAUCCCGGGAGUGUCCCCCAUCUUAUUCAGGCGACUUUACCGGGCCAUGUGGUGGGGCAGCCGGAGGGGACGGGGGGGCUGCUGGUCACGCAGCCCAUCAUGGCAAACGGGUUGAAGGGCACCAGCUCUUCCUUCACCUUGGCGGUGACUUCUGCCCCCAAGCCACAGCCGGCGGCGCAGCACAGCACAGUGAGCUCUAGCAACGCGUCGGGGGUGAAGGUGGUCAACAGCGGCCAGUCGCUGCUCACCGCCUGCCCGGCGAUCUCCUCGCAGACCUUCUUGGAUCCCAAUGUGUACAAAAACAAGAAGUCCCACGAGCAGCUCUCAGCCUUGAAAGGCAGCUUCUGCAGAAACCAGUUCCCUGGCCAGGCCGAAGUCGAGCGGCUGACAAAAAUCACGGGCCUUUCCACCAAGGAGAUUCGAAAAUGGUUCAGUGAUAGGAGGUACCACUACAGGAACAUGAGAGGCGGCCGGGCUGUCUUCCCUGGAGACAGCGCUCUCGAUUCCCUGCCCGAAAUAGCUUUCGACAUCUCGCCCAGAGGAGCCGAGCUGAGCCCCGCGGCGGCAGCGGCCACACCGGCCCCUCACCACCCACCGCGGAGGCAGUCAUGGCACCAGGCGCCUGACUUCACGCCGACCAAGUACAAAGAGCGGGCGCCGGAGCAGCUGAAGGCCCUGGAGAGCAGUUUUGCCCAAAAUCCCCUUCCUGCGGAGGAAGAGGUGAACCGCCUGAGGGGGGAAACGAAGAUGACGCGGAGGGAGAUUGAUAGCUGGUUCUCAGAGAGGAGGAAGAAGAAGGUGGCGGAGGAGAAUAAGAAAGUAGAGGAGGCGGCUCGGCAGGAGGAGGAGGAGACGGAAAAUGGCGGCAUGGAAGGGGAAGACUCCUCGGAUGAGCUGAGGGCCGCGAGCGAAAAUGGCUCAGUCGACGUCUCCAGCAACAACCCGAACUCGGUGGAGCGGAAAGUGAGUCCCAUCAAAAUCAACCUGAAAAACCUCCGAGUGACCGAGUCCAAUGGCAAAAGCGAGUUACCGGGGGCCAGUGCAAACGAGAAAGUGGAUGGCAGCUCCAGCCGGCCGCCCACCCCUCCAAAAACCAAACUGAACUUUAAAAAAACAGCCCAGCAGCGGCAUCUGCUGAAGCAAAUGUUCGUGCAGACCCAGCGGCCCACGAACCAGGAGUACGACGCCAUCGUUUCCCAGACGGGCCUGCCGCGGGCCGAAGUCAUUCGCUGGUUCGGGGGCAAAACAGACUGA